UAAGAUGAUACGUAGAUUGCCCUGAGGCCCAACACUAGUUUCUUUCCUAACAGGAAAAACACACCCAAGGCAAGGCAUCGUGUUGGGAGCUAAGAAGGCAAUAGAAAACCCUCGGUAGCAAAACAGAAAGGGAUCAAGAAGCUAAAAUUGAAAGAAAUGAGCCCAGAGAACAUCAAAGAAAUCGUACCUCCAAUGUACGAUGUUAACGCUAAAUGGGAUGCGUGUAUUGAUCUCACCGUUCGUCGAUUCGUUUACUCUUCCCUCUCCGGAGCUUUCUGUGGUCUCCUUUUCUUUCGGAGUCCUGUUACUCGUUGGGCAUCUGUGGCUUUUGGUGCUGGAGUGGGCAUUGGAUCUGCAUACACCGACUGUUCUCAUCUUUUUUAUGGAUCACCUGCGACAUUAGCAUCUCAUAAGCUCUCAGAUACUCCUCAGGGGGGGAUUGUCUUUCCCACCCUGGGAACACCCAUCCCCAGCCCAACUGACAGACCCUUGGGGUUGGCUCCAAGGGUAGAGAAGGAUAGAGAAGAUUGUGUUUCUUUUUUUCAGGGCAGGGCUAGAGAUGCAGACCCCAGGUCCCAGCCCAAGAAAUUUCCAACCCUAAUAUAAAGAUGGGCAGGAGUAAAUUGAUAUUUUGAAGUUAAACCCUGUGUUGAUUGCAUUUGGAAUCACAUGUUUUCUUCAGUUGAGAAAUGUUGUUGGUUCAUUCCCCAGAACAGUUGAGUAUGUAGUGCAAACCUCGCUUUUUGUAACAGUUAAUCUGAUGUACUGCAGAACUUCUUCAGCACAGUUACCAAUUCCAACUUGUACUUUUAUUGCCAAGUAAAAAUUAUUAAGGCGAUGAAAAAAGAAAAUAAUAGUUUUAGGUGAAACCCUUGAAUUUGCUACAUCCGUUUUUUGGUUGUUGGAAUAAAGAAAAUCGUACCAUUGUCUUACAA